UUUGUAACUUCACUUUCACACAUUCAUAGUUUUGGACAAGUGGCCAAACCUCAUCAUCAAUCAAACAAACACAUCACUUUCCUUUUCCAAUAUCUUUCUCUUCUUCUUCUUCUUCUUCCUCAAAAUCUUCUCUUCCAUAAACUAAUUAAUAAGCUUCUAAUAGUUUCAUCUUCAAUUCUUCUCUUUUGAAAAUAACAUAUAUAAUAUAUAUGGCUGGCAAUAAGUUGUGGACUUUGCUCACACACCUUCAUUCCCUUGCUGGACCGGUUUUGACGCUAGUGUACCCUUUGUAUGCAUCGGUGGUAGCCAUAGAAUCUCCAUCAAAGGUAGAUGAUCAACAGUGGCUUGCUUAUUGGAUCAUCUAUUCGUUUCUCACACUUGCGGAAAUUGUUCUUGAAUCUCUUUUAGAGUGGGUUAUAAUUUGGUAUGACGUGAAGUUAUUAUUUGUGGCAUGGUUGGUAUUGCCACAAUUCAUGGGUGCUGCUUUCUUGUAUGAGAGGUUCGUCAGAGAGCACAUACGGAGAUAUGUUACUGGAAGGGGCCAGGCCCACAACCAGCCCAGUUUGAUCCAGGCCCAUCCUAAGAUUCACAAGCAACAAACCAAGAAAUCUCCCACUGGGUCCAAGCCCAGGAAGAAGUUUGUUGACUUUAUCAUACCCAAGAAAGGUGAUAAUCAAGAGGCAUAUUGAACUAAUAGAAGAUCGGCGAUGAACAAUUGAAGGGUUUUUUUUUUUUUUUUUGCGUUAGUUGGUUUAAUUUCAUGUUUCCAUCUAUGUAUAUAUAUAUAUUAGUUAGUAAUUAGAAUCAUAGAUAUCGUGUCAAAAGUUUAAAUCUUUGACUGUUGUGUGUGUAGUGUGUUUCAUACUAAAGAUAUACUCCGUUAACGAAGUUUUCAUUUUGAAGAUAUUAGUUAAUUCCGGUUAUGGAUAUUUGUAUUAUAAAAAAAAAUGAUUAAAGUCGUUUUUAAAAA